AUGGCCGCCGUCCCUGAAGGAUAUUACGAAUCCACAAACCCGUUUCUUGUUCACGGGCCAAGAGGUUUUGAAGAGUUCAAGUUGCUUGAGAGUUUUGGCAUGUACGUGAGGAUGGACUUUCCCGGCGUUCCGGAGGAGUGCGUGAGGGUUUCUCUAGACCCGGCGAAGAAAUCUUUGGCUGUCUACGCAGAUGCUCCCAAGGUCCACAGAUACGACCUCGCUCAACGGAAGUACCUCUCCGUCAUCGAAACCGUCUGCAGAUGCUGCGUGUUCGACCGCUUCACUUACCAAAUGUCCGACGGUGUUUUAAGGCUUCAUCUCUCCAAGUCUAACAUCGAUCCAAGUCACUCUUCCUGCAUCGAGUUUAAAUAUUCUGCUUUCGGAGAAGAUAUCUCUGGCAAUGACAUGGACGAGUCGUAUGAGUCGAAGCAGCUCGAAGACGGCAAUUUAUACGUGCGUUUAGACAUGCCAGGCGUUCCCAAGGACAACUUCACUGUCUCAGUGGCUAACGGCAAAGUAAACGUGACUGGUCAAGCUCCUGCUCUUGACCACGACUCAGGUUCUCGGUUGUACUCUAGCGACGUGGUUAUCCUCUCCGGUCCUGUCGACUUUCCUAUCCAUCGGGUCAAAACCAUCAUCAAGAACGGUGUCAUUAGACUCCUCAUCCCUCCCGUUUGA